AUGGAGAUGGCGGAAGGCGGCAAUGUUAUGCAUCAUUGCAAUAAAGUUCUCAACAUCAGCGCGAAGCUCAGCAGUAUCGGCGCCAAGAUGGAGGAUGAGGACGUGGCGAUCUGCUUGUUGUGCGGCCUCCCCAAGAGCUACGAGAACGUCGUGCUGAACUUAGAGAUGAGCAGCGCGGAACUGCGAUCGCGAGACGUCGUGAGAGUGCUCACGAAUGAACACAUCAAGAGGCAAGGAAACAAGACGACAUAG